AUGGGCUUCGAGCGUGGUGGCAGAGGCGGCGCCCGUGGCGGUGGUCGUGGUGGAUUCGGUGGUGAUCGUGGUGGCAGAGGCGGCGCCCGUGGCGGUAGCCGUGGUGGCUUCGGUGGUGGCCGUGGUGGUGGUGCUCCCCGUGGUCGUGGCGGUCCUCGCGGUGGUGGCCGUGGCGGUGCUGCCCGUGGUCGUGGUGGUGCCCGCGGUGGCGCCAAGGGUGGUGCCGCUGGCAAGAAGGUCAUCGUCGAGCCUCACCGUCACAAGGGCGUCUUCGUCGCUCGUGGUGGUAAGGAGGAUCUCCUCGCUACUGUCAACCUUGUCCCUGGCGAAUCCGUCUAUGGCGAGAAGAGAAUCUCUGUCGAGAACGCCUCUAAGGAGGAGGGUGGUGCUUCCACCAAGACUGAGUACCGCAUUUGGAACCCUUUCCGUUCGAAGCUUGCUGCCGGUAUCCUCGGUGGUCUUGAAACCAUCUAUAUGAAGCCUGGUUCCAAGGUCCUCUACCUCGGUGCCGCCUCCGGUACCUCGGUCUCUCACGUUGCCGAUAUUGUCGGUCCUACUGGUUCCGUCUACGCCGUCGAGUUCUCCCACCGUUCCGGCCGUGAUCUCAUCAACAUGGCUACUCGCCGCACCAACGUCAUCCCCAUCGUUGAGGAUGCCCGUAAGCCCAUGGCCUACCGCAUGCUGCUCCCCAUGGUCGAUGUCAUCUUCGCCGAUGUUGCCCAGCCCGAUCAGGCCAGAAUUGUCGGUAUCAACGCCAAGCUCUUCUUGAAGCAGGGUGGUGGUCUUCUCAUCUCUAUCAAGGCUUCUUGCAUUGACUCCACUGCUCCUCCCGAGCAGGUCUUCGCUUCUGAGGUCCAGAAGCUCCGUGAGGACAAGUUCUUCCCCAAGGAGCAGUUGACUCUUGAGCCUUACGAGCGUGACCACGCCAUGGUUUCUUGCGUCUACCAGCAGAAGGAGUUCGUCGAUAACUGA